GGCUCAUCCGCGUCAUGGCUGAAGUCCCGGACGAUUACAAUUCCGGCCCCGAUGAAAACGAAGACCUGGGGUCCGAGAGACCCCAACUGCCUGGGCUUCUCGAAAGAGCUGAAAGUGCGGAACCAGACGUCAGGGCAGGGGCAGACUCGGAGCUACUCGAAGAGAUGGACCAAGAGCCACAGCCGGAGACGGAGGAAGAGAACUUCAAAGACCUGGCGCCCGAGAAUACGGAGAAUGCACAACCACACCAAAACCCAACCCUGACGCCCGAGGAAGAGAUUCCCAGCGAGUCAGAGAUAGAUCUUGCUAGCAAGACUAAAACAGGGAUACCCGAAGAGGUCAUGUUGGAGACAUCCGAAGGGAUGGUAGAAGAGUUUUUCAAGGAUUUGGAGGUCCGUCUGGAUGAAAAGCUGGAGGAGCCUGACCUAGAGCCACCGGAGGAGGCCGCGCCAGCUGUUACAGAGGGUGUGUUCAUAGAGUCAGCUAAGGAAAUAGAUCUAGAGCUACCAAAGGAGACUGAGUCUGAGGUUCCAAGGGCCGCACUCAGUGAGACAGGAUUAGAGUUAGUAGAGGAGCCCAAGCCGGGGGUUCCAGAGGAAAUACUUAAAGAGCAAAAUGAAGAGUCAAGUCUAGAGCCUCCAGAGCAGACCGAACCUGAAUUUCCAAGUGAGGAGCCAAGGAAAUCAAUUGAAGAGGCAGUUCUCCAGCCACAAAAGGUGACCACAUCAGAGUUUCCAGAGCAGACACAAACAGAGUCACCUGAGGAGAAAAGGACAGAGCCAUCUGAGCAGACCAUCCUGGAGUUUACAGAAGAGAAAGCAAGAAAGUCUACUGAGGAGGCAGGUCUAGAGUCUCCAAAAGAUACUAAGGCAGGGGUUUCAGAGGAGACAAGAAGAAAACCAAGUGAGGAAGAAGCGACUGAGCAGACAGAACAAGAGUUUCCAGACCAGAAACCUGGUGAGUAUACUGAGGAGACACAAACAAAGUCAACUGAAGGAAAAGUUCCCGAGACACUAGAAGAGAUCAAAUCAGAGUUUCCUGAGGAAAAAUCAAGAAAGCCAAUUGAGGAAAUAGGUCUAGAGUUAUCAGGAGAGAUCAAAUCAGAAAUUCAAGAGGAGAUACAAAGAAAGUCAACUGUGGAGAAAGUUCUAGAGCCACCAGAAGAUACUGAACCAACGGUUCAAAAAGAUAAGCAGAGAGAAUCAGCUAAGGAGGCAGGACUAGCACCACUACAGGAGUCCAAAUCAGAGGACACACUAAGAGAGUCAACUGAAGAGAAAGGUCUAGAACCACCAGAACAGACUGUACCGGAGUUUGCAAAGGAAGAACCAAAGACACAGAGUAAAUCAACUGAGGACAUAGGUCAGGUACCACCACAGAAGACCACACAAGAGGUUCAAGAGGAGAUACAAACAGAGCCAACUAAGGAUAAAGAUUCAGAGUUACUGGAUAAAGAUUUAGAGUUACCAGAUAAAGCCCAAUCACUACAUAGACAAGAGACAUAUAAUGAAUUUGCCAAGGAAGAUAGAUCAGAACCAAUCAAAUUUAAGCAUUUUGUAGAGAAAGAUGAGCUAGAGGAUUCUGACAAUGAAGAAAUGUUGUUAGUAAAAGAAACUAAAGAAGUUAUGAAAGACUCUAUGUUAGAGUCUCUAGAGAGUCUCAAGAAUUUAAGAGAGUCCCUAAAGUUGAAGAAACUGGUACAUGAAGAUCAAGAAACCCAGCCAAAGGAAAGGGUUGAGCUACAAUUUGAGUGUCUUAAAUGGAGCCCAGAAAAAGUUGCAGAGUGGAUUAGUGAGUUAGGUUUCCCUCAAUACAAGGAGUGUUUUACCACAAACUUCAUCAGUGGCCGAAAACUCAUCCAUGUAAACUGCUCAAACCUCCCUCAGAUGGGGAUAACAGAUUUUGAGGACAUGAAGGUCAUUUCUCGGCACACGCGGGAACUCCUGGGAAUCGAAGAACCCUUAUUUAAUCGCUCCAUCAGUCUUCCCUACAGGGACAAUAUCGGCUUAUUUUUAGAGCGAAAAGGUCACACUGGGGUAAAAUCUGAUUCCUUGACCUUAUCAGAAUUUGUGCAAACAGCAGGAUUACAAGAUUAUGAGCCACAAGUAACUGCCCCUCACUGGAAUGAGGCAUUAUAUUAUGAGCCAUAAGGAAAAGCCACUUCUCUUAGCUUGAAAGAUCAAACUACAUUCCUUGGGGGAAGAAGUGUGGUAUUAUCGGGGGUUUUUUUUUUCUUCUCUUCUUUGAGAAACGGAGGUGGAACUCCGGGCUCUAUUCCUGGUUCUACCGCCAACUCCCAGCACCUUCCCUUUAUUCGUAUUUUCAUUUAGACUCACGUUAAAAGAAAGAUAGCGAUAUUUCUCUUUCUGGGUAACUGUAAGAAUUCCCUGGUAAACUCCAGUAAUGCAUCUGGUAGCAGGAAUAUGUUGGGUCUCCUUUCACCCCUGAUAGUCCCCUCCACAAAUGCAGAAAAGGAAAGGGCUUUAUUGGUGAGUCCACACUCAGUCAGACUGUGACACACGUCACGGAUGAGCUGCCCAGAGAUUGCCAGGACGAGGCGACCCGCCCUUUCACACAGCCAGGCAGACAGCCCCUUGUUCACUGCCUGCAUCGAGGGCAGAGACUUCUCCGGUCUCUGCCACAAACGGAAGUGGUUCUUCCGGACCAGGCGCCCAGGCUGGACUCCCCUGGACUCAGGGAGAUCCAGCGCCCUCCUCCUGGGUGCUCACACUUCAGAGAUGUCUUCAAAGCACCACCCCCCAAAAGUCAGUCCUGGGAUAUAAAAGAGGCAGAAGGCUUAUCCGGCUUGUUAAAAUAUUUACAUACAUCUCAAAAAUGGGGGGAGGGGGAGGAUUUAUAUUAUAAGUUUUCUAAAGAAAAUAUUUUAAGAAAAAGGAAGGGGGAAAGCUCUCUUCCCCUUUUGGCAUCAGAGAAAUAUUUUUUUAAUAUAUUUGAGAUUUGUAUUUACCUUUACAAACAGCAUUGCUUAUGAAAGUACCCUUUGAACUAGGGUCUGAGGUCAGUGUACCGGACUCUUUUAUGUGGUGCCUGCCAGACGUUUAUAAAAUGAAAUUCGGGCCAGAGCUGACCCAUGACUGGACUGUUCAAAAGAAAUGAUAAAAUGUUUCUUGUUGCUUGAAUAACUCCAA